GGCGGCGUGCACGCAGGCGGCCUCGAUCUCCUCUCGCGCCUCCGCGAACUUGAGGUUUACCUCGUCGACAUCCUUGCCGUAGCCCGCCGUCGAGAAGGCGCGCCUGUGGGGGCACCCCGGGGAGGGGCGGCCGCCGCUGAAGAGGAGGGAGCACCGGCGUCUCAGUCGCCGGAGACUCCCAACAACAACCACGGGCACCAUACGCUUGAAAGGAGUUGUUCGUCGCUGGGUGGGCGGAUGCUGUUCGUCGCGCGAGGCUGCUCUAGAUCGUACGAGGCGAACAAGUAUCCAGGCUGCCGCCGCCGACGCCGAGGAGCGGCGGUGCCACUGCUGGCCCUGCAGAGACAGCGGCAAGUGGCUGGCAGCUGCCGAGGACGUGGACAAGUUCUUGCCGGAGCAAGGCCUGUUGAAAUACUCACCGUUGGCUUGGUUUCUCUAGUAAGAGAUUUCUGCUCAUCGAUUUGGAUGAGAUGUGCUUACCUCACAUCGAGGUGUCCCCCAUUAAUUUUUAUUUUUGAAGGAUAAACAGAUCCCACACAUAUUUUUUAAAUUCUAAUGUCACACAAACGCUAUGUCAAUGCCACGUGAAAUAAAGACUACGUCAACAUCGCCACGUAGAUGCCACGUCAGCGAAACCGCUCUCCAAAACCACCGAGGGAGUCAAAUUGCACCGGUUUUAACAAUGGAGGGGUUGAAAUAUUAAUUAGAUAUUAUGGUUCAAGGAUACGGAUCUGAUUCGACAACUAAUUAAGGGAGUCAAAGUGAACACGCGAUCUUUAUGGGCCGAUUUCAUCUCUUGAUUUGCUUACUUUGAUGAAUUCCAGCUAGGGUUCACUUUAUCGGUUUAGGACAUUCGAUCGGAGGUCAUCGAAAUCUCGAAAUUUCGGUCCGAAAUUUCUAAAAUUUUGAACAAAAUUUAGUUAAAUUUGAACAAAUAUUACCAAAAUUCAUGAAAAAAUUGAAAAAUUUCGGCCGAAGUAAUAUCGUAUCGUAGGGGACCGAAAUGACCGAAAUUUCGGAUUCCGGCUCAGAACUAUUGCUUAUUACCAUAGAUAUAUAGGGGAUAAAAACCUAGGAGUCCUAAUAGGAAAACAAUUCAUAAAUCGUACUAAGGAAAUAUAAUCGCGGUAUAUAUUGCAUAUGUUUAACAUCGGGUAAUCAUAAAUUUGGAAUUUUUUUUGCCGCAAUGUUUCACGGAGGCGAGAGAGGAAAUAGUUUACUUCGCGUUUAAGUUGGUUACUAAACUCGUCUGUCUGCUAGUUAUUUGUUUCUAGCAUUGGCGGCCGGCGUUCCUCGCCUGAACGAUCUCUCCAAAGUCUCCUCACAGCAGACGAGUUCUUCGUAUCUACUCUUCUUCAACUCUUCGUCUCUCUCCCUCUCUGCGGCCACAAGGACGAGAUGAACAAUCUUCUGACGAAUUCUUUUGAAUCGGAGAGGGACAUCGAGAUGGGGUAUCAAAAUUCAAAGAAUAAAUCGGAUUAUGGGCUUGAGGAUUUCUUCCAGGAGGUUCAGGAGAUUGAGACGUUGUUGGACAAGAUGUCCAAUAUAAACCACAAACUUCAGGAAGCCAAUGAGGAAUCAAAAUCCGUCACUAAGGCUUCCGAAAUGAAAGCAAUCAACAAGCGCAUGGAGAAAGAUAUCAAUGAAGUUGGGAAAAUUACACGCACCAUAAAAGUGAAGUUGGAGGAGAUGGAUAGGAAUAAUCUUGAAAACAGAAAAAAGCAAGGGUGUGAAAAGGGCACAGGCGUAGACCGAUCAAGGAUGUCAAUGACCAUUGCGCUGAAAAAUAAACUCAAAGAAAGAAUGAAAAAUUUCCAGAAUCUAAGACAAAUUAUUCAAGAUGAGUACCGACAAGGCGUUGCGAGGAUGGUUUUCACAGUCACUGGAGAGCAGCCUUCUGAUCAGGUGAUUGACCACCUGAUUGAGACCGGCAGCAGUGAGCAGAUAUUUGAGAAAGCGAUUCAGGGAAUUGGGAGAGGGCAGGUUGAAUAUCGUGUUCAGCUUCACCAGUACAUUAUAUGUUCCUUCCAUGUCAUUAAGGCUGGCAAUUCUUACAAUAGUGCUCAAAUGUUUCAUAAUUGCACAUACUUACAGAUAAUAGCCACGGUUAAAGAAAUCCAUGAAAGGCAUGAUGUAGUCAUGGAAAUUGAAAAAAAACUUCUUGAAUUGCAACAGAUUUUUGCGGAUAUGGCAACACUCGUCGACGCACAAGGAGAGACAUUGAACGACAUAGAGAACCAGGUUCAAAAUGCUGUGGACCAUAUACAACGUGGUACAGGAGAGCUGCGCACAGCUAAGAGACUGCAGAAGAAGUCAAGGAAGUGCAUGUUCAUCGCAAUCAUCAUACUCCUGGUCAUUGCAGCUAUUGUCGUUCUUUCAAUCUUAAAGCCCUGGGCUAAGUAGAAAACUAGAAAAACAAUCGAUAUUACUAGCAUUUUCGUAUGAACACAGUGCACAACCUCCUUUGAACAUUU